AGAGCACACGUCUCACCGCCGUGUUCACACGCUGGUCUACAAACAUAGGCCGUGUUUGUCUAAUAGCCAGGGAUUUCCUUGCCGCAAACUAUCAUAUCAAGCGACCCGGACUUCAGAAUGUGAUUUGAUACUUGUGACAAUGCCUUCAUAAUGUGAUAUGAUCCUGCGUACUUACAGAUGCGAAUAGAAUUUACCAGUAAACAAAUGUGAUUCUUUUGUGCUUUAAAAGUGCUGUUAAAACUUGUUUACACAAAUCACUAGGACUGUCCAGUCCUCUACAAAACUGUGCCACGACACUUAGCAUUCGCUUAAACUCACGUGACUUUCUAAUCUAAAUCCUCUGAUCAUAGCAGGAACGAAUUAAAUCUUAAGUGACAAUUAACUAAUUAAUUAAUCAGAUUUUUCACUUACAUAAUCAGCACAACGUUGAUUUGUGUUAAGACAUUAAUUAAUUAAUGACUUAAGGAUGUUCUGUGUCAAAUAAAUUGUCACAUUUCACACCAUGGGAGGAAAGAACUCACGCCCAGAGAAAAACAAGGUCAAAACUUCCGGUCAGUUGGAUUCACCGGCCACCUCUGUAGCAUCAGCGACCUCUGACCCCGUCCAGUCAACAGACGACUCCCCGUCCCCGGGGAUAGGCGAGUACGACAACGCAAGCAGCAUCCUACAUCAACAGAAAGUGUCGGCGGCCCGACAGCGGCAGCACCAGUACGAGGAGAUAGUCCUACCCGACGACGACAAAACACCGACAAUCGUCACGGACGACAGACACGCGGCCGUCGCGGAAACAAGUUCGGUGAAUAAAAGUUCGAAGUCAGCUGAAGACAAAGAUAAGAAAAAAGAGAAAAAUGGAAGAAAGAAAGAAAAAACUAAAGAUAAAACUAAAGAGAAAAGUAAAGCAGACCCUAGUGUGGAGGUUUCAGAGUCUGAUGCGACAGUAUACACUAACGUGGCAGCUGUGAGUAAACCUACAGCUCCCAGUGAUGAUGUGGAUGUUGGAGAUGUUUAUGCUCAGCCAGACAAGAAGAAGAAAACAAAAAAUAAACUCAAGGAGGAUAAGCCUACAUUGAACUACAUUGAAGUGGAGAUAAUCCCAAAUAAGACAAAGAGCCCUGAGGUAAUCCCAGCUAAGACAAAGAGCCCCAACUCGUAUUCCCCUACACAGUAUUCAAACGUUGUACCGCAAAAUGGGAAGAUGGUCGUACAGUAAGGGAAACAUCCAGCCAAUGUUCAAAUAUCUUCUAAAUAUAUUGGCAAAAGUGGGUUAAAAACUUGAGUUCUUAAAAAAGUUGGUACGCAAAGGUUAUCAAGAUUUUUGGACACUGUGUGGGAAAUAAACGCACAAUGUUAAAACAGAUCUGUAAAAACAUGGAACAUGUUGACAAUGUAUGAGCAACAUUGAAAAGAGUACAAGCAUUGGAGCGCAGGCAAGAUAUUUGAAAAUGUUGAUAAACAUACUAAAAUAUUCCCAGGGCAAAACUUUGUUCAAAGUCCAACAAUGAUGGAUGUACUUAAACGAGAGAUUUCUCUUGCUUAACUGGCAUCUGUGUGGUACAGUUUUUUAUUGAUACAUUUUAUUAAAUUAUUUAAAAAACAUGUUUUAGAUGGCCUUAACUUACAACUGUUAUUCAUGCAUUUUUUUUGCUAUGUUUUGUAUGUAAAGUAUUCAUAUCAUACACUCUGUACAUACAUUCAUUAAUUGAACAGCUGAGAGUUUGUGUUGUGUCCGGAUAAUUUUCAAAGUAUCAAAGUUUGACGUUUGUAUUAAAUUUUAAAUGAUGUGAGCAGUUGUGUAAUAGGUCCAAUUAUUCGUUGUGGUUAGGUUAGACAUUUGUUCUUUGUUGUAUUUUGUUGCUAGACCAUGUUUAUUUACUAGCAGUAUUUCUUGUUAAAUCCAAAUAUCUGAAGAGUUUCCACCUGAAAGAAAUUAUUUGAAUGUUGCACAUUUGCACAUAGAUAUCAGAAUAUUCUGAGCACCACUUGUAGCUGGUGAACUAUGUGCUGCCCCCCCCCCCCCCCUGCACAGUGAUAUCAAGUGCUGACCAUAGUGUAAUGGUGGAUUACCAUCUCAUGAAUAGCGGCUGAUUCUUGAGUAACAUUGGAACAGCUUACAGACUUCAACAUUUUUUUUUGUUUGAAUAAAAAUGUUUCAUCUUCAUGCAUUCAUAUCUCUAAACUAAAGGGAGGUAACAUUAAUUAUAAUUCUUGUGUAUAUGUUUAAACAUUUCUCACAGUAACUCAAUAGCAUCUUUAAUUUAAGUCUGAUGUAACUUGAUGCCUGUUGAUUAGUAAAUCUAAAUAAAAUGUGACUAUAUGA